CCUGUUGUGACUCCACGCUGCAAAUAACAAAACCGACUAAAGCACAGCUGAAGCCUACUUCAGAUUAGAUAGCCAGUCAUGGGAGAUGUUCAGAUUGCUUCCACCACAACUCGUAUUUCCAAAACCACACUGACUUUGGAAAGGCCUCAAGCUAACACACUGCCACCUGAAGCGCCAGCAUUCAUACUACCUCCCAGGAAUACUUGCGUGCCUUUGGGUGGAACAGCCAGAUUUGAUGGAAAGGUGCGAGGACAUCCAGAGCCCGGGGUUAGGUGGUAUAAGAAUGGCCGCCAGUCUGUACCAAAUGGUGAACGCCACACAAUGGAGCAAAGCGCCCGUGGGACAUUCAGCUUCGUCAUUACAGCAGUGCAGGUGGAAGACGCUGGAAAAUACACGUGUGAAGUUGCUAACGCCAGUGGGGUUCGGCAAGUAACUGUGGAGUUAAGUGUUCAAGGAGACGGUGUGAAGAAAUAUGGGUUGUCAAGCAAUUCCAAAACAUCCGGUCGACUUUCUAUUCCAUCAAUUGAAAACAGACCCAGCAUCUGGGGCGAAAGCCCACCAAAGUUUGUCACCAGGCCAACAAGGCUGAUUGUCAAAGAAGGACAGAACAGCAAAUUCUCCUGUAAGAUAACCGGCAGGCCUCAUCCUCAAGUGACCUGGCUGAAGGGCGAUUCAGAGCUGCAGCAAAGUGAUCGCUUCAGUGUGGUUGAGAAGUCUGGUAUUCACUACUUGGAGAUCCGAGCUGUGAGGCUGGAGGAUGCUGGAAGCUACACGUGUUCAUUGAUGAAUAACUCAGGAAAAGCUUCCUCCUCUGCAGAACUCCUAGUUCAAAGUACAAGUUCAACAUCAGAAAUUACAUCAAUGGAGGCAAGAAGGUGCGAGGCCAGAAUUGCCGAACCUUUGCAAAGCAAGAUCACAGCUACAAAUGGCGUUCAUCAGACAAAGAGAGUGUCCAGCUCAGUCACCAUUCAACCCAAAGAAAGCGAGGGAAUAAUGAGAGGGAUUGCAGGAACCUCCGACAAACCAAAGGACAAGAAGAAUGAAGAGAGGACAGCAAUAGUACUCCAAGAGAAUAAAUCUGGUCAAGAAUUGAAAACCGAAGUGAACAAAGACCAACAGCUCAGAGUGCAAAGUACAGUAAGCCUCCAGCAGCCAAAAUUGGAGAUGAAGCAAACCAGGAGCACUAUAAUGCACAUGCAGCCGAAAUCCUCAUGUGACGUAACCACUGACGUGCAAUCAAAACGUGUACACAGUGUAACGAGCUCCACGCAACAGAGACCCCAAAGUACUGUAACGACUGACGUGCAGAAGAAGUCCUCGCAAAAUGUAACCACCGACGCACAACUGAAGCACUCUCAAAAUGUGACAACAUCCACCCAGCAGAAAACGCUCAACACCAUCACACUUCAGCCACACAGGGUUCGGGAACCCAGCGACAAAAAAGAUGUUCCAGGGGAACAGACAGAUGCGUGUAAGACUGUUGCUCCUCAGUGGACCUCAGAGCGUGGUGGGGUUGGGCAGCACUCGCACGCCGAGACAGGGAAACCUUCAGUGCAAUUGGAAAGCAGGAAGAUCGCCAGAGAGCAAAUAUCAGUGACCAGAGGAUCUCCUCCUGACUUUGUUCUGCGUCCGCAGAGUCAGACAGCUGCCGAAGGUGAAGAGGUCAAAUUCAAGUGUAAAACUAUAGGCAGUCCGAAACCAGAGGUGGAGUGGACUAAAGAUGGAGUUUUACUGACAGGAAAUGCAGGUGUUGAAGUGUAUGAGGAAAGCUGCAUUCAUCACCUUCGCCUUAAACACGUACAUGUGUCAGACCGUGGCUCCUACAGCUGCACAGCCACAAACAGCAGAGGUCAAGUCUCCACGCGAUGGACGCUGACUGUCAGGGGCUCCAAAGUUGAUGCUCCAUUGUUGGCACCGUUGUUCACUAGCGUACUGAAGGAAUGCACAGUGAGCGAGGGACAAGAUUUUGUAUUGCAGUGCGCUGUGAAGGGCACACCCAUGCCCCACGUUACUUGGCUUGUGAAUGAAAAACCCAUCCAGUAUGCUCAUAGCACAUUUGAAAAUGGUGUUGCAAAGUUAUCCGUACAAGAUGCUCUGCCAGAAGAUGAUGGCAUUUAUACCUGUGUCGCAGAAAACAGCUCUGGAAGGGUAUCCUGCAGUGCUAAGGUGUCCGUGCAAGAAAGGAAGACGAGCAGGAAGACAGCGAGAAAGAGUACUGAAGACGCCAAAAAGACUUUUGCCCCCAGGAUCCUGAAAGAUCUAACUGACCUGCAAGUUAUGGACGGCAGUCAAGUGAGAAUGACCAUACAAGUGGAGGCUAAUCCAACUCCCGAAAUUAUCUGGCUCCACAAUGGGAAAGAAAUCCAGGAAUCCGAGGACUUUCAAUUUGAGAAAAAUGGAAAUGAAUACAGUCUUUUUAUUCAAGAGGUCUUUCCUGAAGAUACAGGAAAAUACAUGUGCGAAGCUUGGAAUGAUAUUGGAGAAGUGCAGACUCAGGCAAUGCUAACUGUGCAAGAGCCUCAGGAUGGGAUACAACCCUGGUUCAUCAGCAAACCCAAAGCAGUGACGUCGACUGUGGGGGCUCAUGCUCUAAUUUCCUGCGCAAUCGCUGGGGACCCAUUCCCACAGGUGCAGUGGAUAAAAGAUGGGCAAGCAAUUGCCAUCGGUGAAGAUUGUGAAGUGCUGCAGAACGAGGAUGUGUUCACACUGCUGAUCAGGAACGUUCAACUUCACCAGGCUGGACAAUACGAAAUAAUGCUCAAGAAUCAAGUUGGCAAAUGCAGCUGCCAUGUGUCUUUGGUGGUCAUAGAGGGCUCGUUUCCUCAAGAUGAAGCCCACAUCGAUAACAAGGAGUCAAAGGCCGGCCUCCUUCAAGACGAAGAGGAAGGUGGUGGUAAUGGCAUAAGGAAGUUUGGCACAAAGAAGACAGUAGAAACAACAGCCAGCCCCGAGGAGCAGAAAGCAUUCGGUCGAGUGCUGAGGAGAAAAGUUGAAACCAAAGAACGGUCUGAAGAGCAAUUGAAGCAGCUCGAAGCUGAACAGAAAGAUUUCCGCAGCGUGCUGUGCAAGAAAGUGAUCACCAAAAGCCUUUCCGAAGAAGAACUGAAGGAACGAACGGCAGAGCAAAUGAGCUUCCGAAAGUCCCUUUCCCCACAUGUUAAACCAAAGGAACAGUUCGAAGAUGGAAAGAAAUUUUUAGGGCCCCAACAGGUGGAUUUUCGGGCAGUCCUGGGAAAGAAGACUAUUCCCAAGAUACCACAGGAAGCAAAAAUUACAUCCAAGCCAGCCCAGCCCGACUUCAGGAGUGUCCUAGCAUCAAAGAAGAAAGGUUCUGCUGAAAAGGAGACCAACAAUGAUACUGAAAACAUCCAACCUGCAAAAGAGGACUUGAAUGAUAAUGUGGCUUGUGACCAUGGAUGCCUGUGUGUGGAUGGUGAGGUUAAUGAGAAACCCAAAGGUCCUAGCAGCGCACCAGUCUUAAAGGAAGCGUUAAAGGAUGUUCAGGUAGCAGAUGGUGCACGUUUGGUGCUGCAAUGUCAGGUUGUGGCUGAACAAUCCCCAGUGAUCACCUGGACUGUAGAUGGAAAGGCCGUCAAGUCAUCCAAGUUCAUGAGUAUAUCUCGAGAAGGAUCACUGUGUACAUUGAAUAUUGAGGCAGUUCUUCCUGAAGAUGAAGGCCAGUACAAAUGCAUAGCUGAGAAUUCUGCAGGGAGAGUGGAGUGUGCUUGUUUGGUUUCUGUGACUGACCCAACCACACCUAAGACACCCAAAGCUACUGAGAAAAAAUUGAAAAAGGUCAAAUCGAAUAUCAUCCCCACUUUAGAUACUGACUGUGCGGAGGCCACAAUAAAGAAGAAACCAACACCGAAAACGACUCCCAAACCAGCUGCUGUCCCGCACGUACUGCAGUGUCCUGGAGAUGUGAAAGUGCGUUCUGGGGAAUCUGUGGAGCUGUUAUGUAAAUUCUCUGGAACGCAACCAUUCAGCUAUACUUGGUCAAAAUUUAAACGAACGAUUGUAGAAAAUGCUCAUAUAAAAAUAGAAAACACUGACACCAGCAGCAAACUCAUCAUCCUCUCAUCUAAGCCCGAUAACUCUGGCUGUUACACUUUACUGGUAGAAAAUAAGAUCGGAAACAAACAAGUUCCUGUGAACGUCACAGUUGUUGACAGGCCCGACCCACCCUCUGGAAAGCCUUGUUCAUCGGAUGUGCGCAGUUCUACGCUGACGCUGUCGUGGUACGGUCCCACGUAUGACGGGGGAAGUGUUGUUCAAUCCUACGUGGUGGAAGUUUGGAAUUCAGUGGAGCAACAAUGGACAGACCUAACCACUUGUCGCAGCACAGCUUUCUGUGUGAGUGACCUCAGCCCGGACAAAGAGUACAAAUUUCGGGUCCGAGCUGUUAAUGUUUAUGGGACCAGCGAGCCUAGCCAAGAAUCUGAUUUGGUGAGAGUGGGAGAGAAAGAAGAACACAAGGAAGAGGCUGACCUGUCCGAUGAUGAUGAGAAGGAGAGCGAGCCAGAUUAUCGGGAUGUAACAGUCAACACAACCGAGAAAGUCGCUGAUUAUUACAAUAUAUUAGAGAAAAUAGGAACGGGGAAAUUCGGACAGGUUUACAGACUUUCUGAAAAGAAAACUGGAAAGGUUUGGGCGGGGAAAUUUUUCAAAGCUUUCUCCGCAAAGGAUAAAGAGAAUGUGCGUCUAGAAAUCAGCAUCAUGAAUUGUCUGCACCAUCAAAAGCUUGUUCAAUGCAUCGAUGCCUUUGAGUCGAAGUCAGACAUAGUCAUGGUGUUGGAAAUAGUUUCAGGAGGAGAACUGUUUGAAAGAAUAAUCGCUGAGGAUUUUGAGUUGACUGAGAGAGAAUGUAUCACGUACAUGCUGCAGAUCAAUGAAGGGGUUCAGUACAUCCACAAGCAGGAAAUAGUACAUCUGGACUUAAAGCCUGAAAACAUCAUGUGCGUCAAUAAGACUGGAGCCAGAAUCAAGCUCAUUGACUUCGGACUUGCCAGAAAAUUAGAAAGUACAUCCUCUCUGAAGGUACUGUUCGGGACACCUGAAUUUGUGGCUCCCGAAGUGAUCAACUAUGAGCCAAUUGGAUACCCUACAGAUAUGUGGAGCAUAGGGGUCAUCUGCUACAUCUUAGUCAGUGGACUUUCUCCAUUCAUGGGAGACAAUGACAAUGAAACACUCGCCAAUGUAACCUCUGCGACCUGGGAUUUUGAUGAUGAAGCUUUUGAUGAAAUAUCUGAAGAUGCCAAAGACUUCAUUAGUGGCCUAUUGGAAAAAGACAUGAAGAAGCGCAUGAACUGUGAACAGUGUCUCGAGCACAAGUGGCUGAAGAAAGACAUAAAGAACAUGUCAGCGAAGAAGCUUUCGAAAGAAAGAAUGAAGAAAUACAUGGCCAGGAGGAAAUGGCAGAAAACUGGGCACGCAGUUCGGGCAAUUGGACGACUGUCCUCCAUGGCAAAUAUCGCUGGACUUAAUGCCAGAAAAUCCUCCGUUGGAAACUCACCCACCAGCCCGACUGGUGACAGGCCAGAAACCGAAGAUGAGGACACCAAGGUGUUUCUUGAGGAGGUUAACGAAGAAAAAGCAAGUUGUAAACCAUUUUUCUCCAAGACUUUCGUAGAUGUGGAAGUUGUUGAAGGCAGCGCAGCUCGAUUUGACUGUAGGAUUGAAGGCUACCCUGACCCUGAGGUGAUGUGGUUCAAGGAUGAACAGCCAAUCAGGGAAUCCCGACACUACCAGAUUGAAUACGACGAAGAAGGAAACUGCUCCCUGAUCAUCUCCGAUGUGACCGCUGACGACGACGGUAAAUAUACCUGCAAGGCCGCCAACCCCCUGGGAGAGGUGACCUGGAUGUCCGAGCUCCUUGUGGAAAUGAUGGAAGAAAGCGAGGACGAGUGACGUGGAAUUGAAGAGAGUGGACGUGCCUUUUGAUAAGAUUGAGUUGUUUUCAAACCUGUGUGUGUGUGUGUGUAAAAAAACAAAAAAAAACUCAGUUUGACGAUGCGAAAAUCCCCAUUCAUUUUCAAGGUGUUGAAGAUCCUUAUGGGCAUCACAGAAAUUCUCACAGAGUAUAGCACAAAUAUCUCUGCCGUUUAGGAUUAGAACACUCUCACAUACCUAAUGACAGUUAUAUUUCUAUUUCAGCGUAUCUACUAUAUACUUAUGGUUCAGUUUCACCCACAUUUAACACUCAACAACAAUAAUCCUCUUUUCCUUCACAAGACUUUAGGAAGACUAUAGACAUGAUGUUUCCCAACCAGUUAUUUUCAAAGCUGCCAAUCUAAAGCUAUUGGUUUCUUGCCUCAGCCUUUCGAACAUCCCCUUUUACUCGAUGUACGGCAGACUGGUGACGACUAGCGUAGGAUUUUCAUUGAGUUUCCGACUUGCGGAUGUAACGGAACUUGCUAUCGACCUAAGGAUAUCGUUUUAAACACUUUAUUUUGUUUACAUUACACCGCACCAUUAUAUUGUUACAUUUUCACAUUGCUUUGUGACAGUUCAGCUUAUGUUAUUAUCGACAAUAAAUACAGUUGGUGCUUCAACUGGUUAUCUAACAAUCAUCCUGGCCAGGAGUUCUAGAACACAAUUCCUUCUUGUUUAAGCUGCUAUUCAUAAUUAUUUUUAAGCUUGGUUUGCAAUUUAUACGAGAAAACUAACAGUGGAAACCCAGUUGUUUGAAGACGAAACGCAGGAAGGUGUUUUCUUAUUAUGCUAUGCACAACAUGUAUUUUGCACCUUAGCACUAAAAUAGUUAGGAAAACUCACAAGUGAUUGAAUCUGUGUGAACUGAAUAUAAUGAGGGUACUACAAAAACUAUAGCCACGGGCUGGUUGCAUAAUUAAGAGUCAAAGUUGUAUUGAGAGAAAGGAGUUUCUUGCCCACAUUCGCACCGCUUUACAAUACAUUAUAACCUGUGAAGCAUUUUGAGAUGUCUUGACAAUGUGAUAAGACGCUAUUUCAAAUGCAAGGAUUAUUAUUAUUGAAGAGGAUAAACUGGUACAUAUUUUCAAAUACGUAUUAACUGCAUACUAAACUUAAAAUAAAAUAUGCUGUUGAGGGGCAGAAUAUGAAGACAUGAGAUUUAAGACAGUGGAGCUAUUAAGCAAGUCAACUUUUUCUAACCAUGGACCAGCUGUAGAUGAUCACAAUAACUAGCGUUCUCUCUUACACACCGCUCAUCCCGUGUGUAAUGGUGAGCAGCAGGCACAUGUAAGAGCGAAGCAGAUCUAAUAUAAGUUAGAAAUAGGCAGCAGCAGUCCAAAUGGAAGAGCUUUUUAUUUGAGAAUGUAAAAUCUCGAGAGGGCCGGUUUGGCCACCGGUCCUUUCAUUUGGCUGUUAUCCUGGUUUCCAGUCAAUGUUAGUGCAAUAAAGAAACAGCUUCAGAUUGUAGUGGAAUGAUUUGUAUUCCUUGAAAUUCCAAAACGAUAAAAAUGUUUGAUGCAGUCAUUCAAUCACAUUAAUCAUGAGCAUCACAGAGCGAAUUAACUUGUACCAAAGAACCAAUCUAUAUCCACCAUUUCUGCUGCACAAACAAUUUUGAGUCCCAAUCACAUAUAUGACGAGAACUGGUACCAUAUUUUAUCCUAACCUCUCUUAGAAGAUUAAGUGUCGAAUGGGUGGCAAAUACCCUGUUGUUUUUAUUUUAAUGUGUUUAAAUAUAUUUAUUUACUUGAAUGUCUUAAACAUUUGAGUUGUUUUAUGUUGAGCUAUAUGAUCCAUCGUGUAUCAUCCUCAAAAUCCAAAGCCUGUGCUUUAAAUGCAUGCAUUGUUAGAAUCUUUAGAGCUGUUGCUUUUAAGAGAUAUCUUAAUAGUAAGAUUUUAUCACAUAACUCAGUAACAUACUAUCCGGAGAGGUGAAUCUGAAUUAAAUUGAACUGGGGAAGGUAUUCUAAAACUUAAUAUCUUAUCUCUCCAAUCCACGAUAUUUCUCGAAAUGGUCUUACAAAAAAGGACCGAUUUUGAAUGUUUUACUAGUAGAUGUGUAUUGUGAUUUUAUUUAGCACACUUCACCUGAGUAAGUAGUUUGUUGCUUUCAAUACAGAACUCAUCAUUGCCAGAAAUCCAAAGCAGACAUUAUUACUAUAGUGCAGGUUUCCAGCUUUUUAUUUCAUUUUUAAAAAGAAUAAACACCGCUUCAGCAAUUAAAAGAGCCAACGAUUCCUAGAAUAAACAUCAACUUUGCAUUUACAAAUGUAUGCGGCAUGUGCCAUCCUGACUAUCACUUUUAUGUGUGUCUGUGUGUGUGUGUUUGUGUUUUGUCUCAACUUUGUGCAGAUUUUACAGUAAAUAAUUUUGUCUAAGUAUUGAUCACACAGCAAGUGUACUCUUAAGUUAAAUAAAACUGCAUUGUAGGUUUGUAAUUGCACUUUGCAGACGUCAAAAGCCUUUGUUGUUGAAUUAACGAGAGGAGACAUCAAACCACGGAGGGAGAAUUUCCUUAACCCUUUCAUUGGAGUGUAUCGGGCUUCAAUUUGAAUUUGGAUAAAAUUCUCUGCUGCAUAAUAUACUGCUGUCAUCGUACUUUUGUAUAAUAGUUGCAAGAAUGAAUUUAAAAGUUUGUGGCUCAUUCUCUAAAGCUAAAACCAAUACAGUUAAACAAAAAAGCAUCAAAUUUCUAAACCAUGAACUGAAGUGAUUUUUAACCACUAUUUUAAAUGUUGCUAUCUCAGCAUUUCUGUAAGCGUGGUACCUAAUGAAAGGGUUAAAGACCGCUUGGUGAUGUUAUUGAUUGCUGACGAUAUCCAAAUAUCUGUAUUUUGUAACAAAAUUAAUAAAACAAUAUUUUAUACAACA